ACUUCAAACAAAAUCAAACAUGGCUAAAGCAUAUAUAUGUCUUUCUUUCAUCAUCUUGUUAUACAUCUCAUCAGGAAGUGUCAUGAGAGUCAAUGCACAGAGCCAGGGAGAUUGGUGUGUGGCCAAGCCUGGCACGUCGACCGAACAGCUUUUAAAUAACUUAAACUAUGCUUGUUCGAAAAUAGAUUGUCACAUCGUAUCGAAAGGGGGUGCAUGUUAUUCACCAGAUAAUCUCUAUAAUCAAGCUUCUGUCGCCAUGAAUCUUUAUUACCAAGCUGAGGGAAGACACUUUUGGAAUUGCAAUUUCGAAGGCUCUGGUCUCAUUGUCAUAACUGAUCCUAGCGAUGGAUGUUGCAAAUAUGAAUUUCGUAAGUAAAGCACAUAAAGCUUCGUAUUUGUUAAGAAACAAACCAAAGAACUCUUGUUCUGAUACUUUGAAUGGUUCAACUGUGAAGUGUUGAGUUUUA